CUUUUUUGAAAGGGCCUUUUUAAGCUCUUGACCAGGGAGUGCGCUGCACCUCAUCCUGACACAUAACUCCUCAGGAGAGACCUGCCUUGACAUCUCCAAGCCAGGGAGUUCUUCCUUUUUGCAAGAACAAGAAUAUCAGAUACCUUGAAAUUAACAGAACUAUCAAGGUGAAGGACACCAGACUAGAUGGAGUUGGGGGAAGCCAGACCCUUCCUUAUGGAUUGUCAGCUCACUUCUACCAGUAAAUUGUCUAUUUGGAUUGAUUAAUGACUUGUGAAUUGCUGUAAGAAUCUGGUGAAUGAUCUUUAGUUGAAGAACUGUAACCAAAACCUGACUGCAAAUUGCAAACUGCAGAAUCUUCCAGUUCAAGAAAAAGGGAAACACAUAUAAAUGACCUCUACUUGGUCAAAAAUAUUCUUUAUGGUGUCUUAGGGAGACUCUGGGAUGACAGUGCUGCUGGCUAGCCUUCUGUUGCUGAUCUCCUCACAAAUGCUGGCUUUAUACCCUCACUUUCUGAAGGGCCAACUUUUCUUAAGUUUUCAGUGCCACUCAUCCACAUGAAAUAAGAAUUUUGGCAUCCUGGCUGGAAUUUGCCUGAGGUGGGACUUGGUCGAUAGCCUGAGGUUGCUCAGGAUGAUUUUGUCGAAGAUGCCUACUUGCUGUCCUUGCUUUGCCAGUAAUGACAAAGAGGCAAGAAGAGGGUAGGGAAAAACUUGGCUUGCACCCACAGAGAUACACAAAACACACGUGAUACUAAUCAUCAUUUGCUUUUAUGUUGUAGGGUGCAUGCCAGCUCAUGAUGGAUAUGGCUUUGCAUUCCUUUGAUGACCAGUAUCUAGGGUGCAGAGAGCAGGUGAUGGAAGAAUUGGAGAGAGGAGACUAUUUCCAAAAGGAAAUAGUUGCUAACAAGGGCUAUUUGAGUCUCUGGAAGAAGGCUCAAGAGGCUUUGUUAAAGAGCCCUGUAGGUCUCCUGAGGGAGAUGCAGGAAAGCCAUGCCAUAGUCCUCAUGGCUUACACUAUGAACUCUUCCCUGCACUCUCAGCUGAACUGGGCCACAUCUAUAGCAGGAAGCUCUCCAGAGCACUACAGCCGCAACUUCAGUUUCAAAUAUUUUCACUUUUACCUGACAACUGCUACUCAGAUAAUGAAGCUAUGGCAGAGCAGCAAGGAGAGCACGGGGAAACGUAAGUGCUACCGGGUGCACAGGGGUGUAAAAGACUUGUAUAUCAAAGCCAUGGAAGGCAACAAGGUGCGAUUUGGCCGUUUCACCUCCACCUCCCGCCUCUGGAAUGAAUCUCAGAAGUUUGGGAAUGAAACUUUUUUCACAGUGGCCACUUGCCUAGGAGCAGCUAUGCAAGGCUUUUCUUACUACAUAUCUGAAAAGGAAGUCCUCAUUCCCCCUUAUGAGACAUUCCUUGUCAAAAGCUUCUCUCAGACACAGCACGAUAACCGGCUGCAACUGCAUUCUGUGGGGAGCUACAGCAAGUACCACUGCCAUCUCGUGGAAGCUUCAAGAAGAAAGAACAGUGGUUCCACUGCCCUCACCUCCGCCAUUCUUCCUAGUGUAGUUGGAGUUUUCAUGUGCUUGGCUCACAGUGACUGAUUCUCUGGCUGCCUCUAGAUAUAUGCACUUGAAUAGCGGGUGAGAAGAAUUACAGGAAAUCAGACUCUGGAGUUCCUGUUGCUACAGAAGGUUCAACCCUCCCUUUGCUUUCAACUGCAGCUCUCCAGCUGAGACUGUAACGUUCAGCCUGGCUCAUGAAAGGAUACAUUCCUUGCACCUUUUCAAGUAGGAGGGCAGUUAUCUAUGGCCUUUCUGAAGAAUAGAUCAGCAAUACCCUUUGCUGUAUGUAGUUUUUCCCAUAUGCAUUCAGGAAAGACACACACAGACUCUGGAUUCUUUGCAGAUCUCUUUGUGCCUUUAUUUUUAGUGAGAAAGAGUCUGUCUGUGGGGUGCAAAAGGCACUUAAGGAAGUUUUAUGUCUUCAUAUUUUAGCAGAUUGAAUGGAGGAGUUUGAGGCUCAGCAUCUUGUGUAUCAGAUUUAGGUAUCUGUAAUGGAGGAGGCCAACAUCUAGUGAUCUGAAACCUAGUAACAUGUUCUGUGAAACUGAAUUACUGACCCUGAAAUCCUGAGACAUGGUUGCCUAGGCAGCCAGAACAGAUUCAAUGCAGAACUAUUUUACCAUUAACUUGUUUUCUGUGUGUCAUGUUACUUUCCUGUUGCUGUUGGUUUAUCAGUUAUUUGAAAUAAUAAGUUGUUAGAACUUGAUGUUGACCACUAAAUGCUCAAAGAUACUAAGCCCAGAUUUCAAAAAUAAAAACACUAGAAACAGCUGCUGCAGAUACUUCUUUUAUGUGUGUUCAGACAUGCUCAGACUCUUUCCUAUGUGAGAAUUACAGGAAUCAAGAUGGACUUCUGACACAUCAACACAUUUAUAGUUCUUGCUUCUCUUUUAUCAUGUGGAUGCAGGCUUCAACCAUUUUGACAAAGAUUUGGAAUCUUUCACAAGGUGGUCUCAACACCCUGAAAGCCUCUUCUAAGUAGUCAGCUGCUGUUUUCAGGCUUUUCUUUGUGGAUCUGUGUCCUUGAAGGAUAGCCUGUAGGAAAACAAGAAGUGAAGAGAAGGAGGAUACAGAGCGAAGCCUGAGCAGUUGUGGUGGUUCAUCUGAGGAGAAGCUGUCUUCUGUUGUACUUGGUGCCUCAUUUUCUUGCAGCAUCUUCACAAUAUCAGCAUAAUCCACGAGAAGUUCUGAUACUUGGAGGGAUAAGGCAGGUGAACUCAAUAACUGAUGCAUAGCAAACUCUACUGUGUCAGGGAAAUUGUCAUGUUUUAACAUCACUGCAACGAGAACACCCAUGAUGCUUUCUACUCUCUCCUUGUAUUUCUCAUAAAGUUCCUUUACUGCAGUGAUCUUGUCCUGCAGGGAGGUGAUGGGACCAGCAAUCCCAGCAUACAAACUUUGGCUGAUCCUUUCAUGUACAUCUUUGUCUUUUGAUUCCAUGUUAGCUUGCAUCUCUUUCAAAGCACUGACCAGGAACUGUAGAUUAUCUUUAAUGCUGAAGUUUUCUUUUACUGACAUGAUAGGGAAGUUGGUGCCAAAAUUUCUGUUGAGGAGU